CAGACAGUGAACGUUACAGCAGCCAGCUAUCACUGCAGUGCAGUAGCCAACCAGGAUCCAGCUAGCCAACUUGACUACUCAAAGGGGAAUAUGGAUGAAAUAAUGAUACUAGUCAACGGCUGUCACACUGACCCCCCCUGCCCGGGCCCAUAAACAUGUCCACAGAUGACAGUGUCUCUGAGGAUGUGUCCAGCUCGGGGGCUUUGAGCCACUGCCAUGCUAGUGCAGAUGGGGAUGGGGGAAAGGAGAGUGAAACCUCUCUGGUGUCCUCGGAGGGGACAUCAGCCUCUGGACUGGCUGUCUCCGAGGGCAGACGCACAACCUCCCAAACAACAGGAGGCACUGUGGAGAGCAGGCCAAUGGACAUCACACCAACAUGCAACAAGAUCAGAAGUCUGUGUCUGAGCACAGAUGAAGCGUUUGAACAGGGAAAGAGCCUCCCAUUCAUCAACCCGAGCUCCCUGGAGACACUGCGGGCUUUGGUGCAGGAGAUCCAAAGCAGUGGAGAGACGGACCCCGAGAUCUGGAAGGACUGUGAGGGUCGAUGGCUACAUCUGUUUCAGCUGGUUGAGAAGCAAUACCAAGAGCAAAUCCUCGCUCAGCAAGAACAAUACCAGUGCCAAAUACAGUUGAUUCAGGAUGAAAUUAAAGCUCUGGUUCAGCUCCAGAACCGCCAGGCCUGCAUCCAGCCACACACAGAGUUCUCUCCAACUUCAGCGACCAAAAUGACAUCAGACACAAAGGAAUAUAUUUACCCGCUUCUCCCUCCGGACUGCACGGUCUCCAAACAUGUGGCCAGUGACAACGACAGCCUGGCAGCCCCUGCACACACCCCCUUCAGCUCUCCGUCACCUCCUCUCCCGAGAUCAGAGACGGCCAACCAAGGGGAGGAGCGGGCGACCACGGUGCUCAGCAGUGGGUAUGGGACUCUGUCAGCCUGGGAAACCGGUCUGGAACCUGCCGGGUCUCCAGGGGACAACGAGGAUGUAGUUGAAGGGAGGGAGAAGCAUCACUGGUCCCCAAACUUCCAGGAAGACCCAGAGACAGUUUUAGUCGGCUGCCAGAAGGAUUAUUCCAAUGAGAGGACUCUUGUAGUGGAGGAGGCUAACCCAUCAGUGCACCAGCAGAGAGCCGCUGGAGCCAGCCAGCCACUGACCUCCUGGGCCCAGAGACAAAAACUCAGGUCCAAGAAGGGCAAAGCAGGGCACACUUCAUCCCAAACCCCAGAGUGCCAGGAGCAGCCUCAUGGCCUCAGAGAACCACCAAAACAAAACCACAUAGAGGGCUCGGACUCCCAGGACAAGCAGAGAGUGGCCAGGCCGUCGUCCAGCAGCUCCUUUCCCCUGAGGCGGAGUGACAGCCUGAUGUCUGAGGCAUCAGGAUUCACUUAUUGGCGUCUGAAUGAGAGUGAACUGUAUCAUCCUCUACCAGACAGCUUUGACAGCGGCGCCUACCUCCUUCUACAGGAGGCCUCCAUGAGCCUGACUCCCUCUCAGGAGCCUCGACUGUCCCUUAAAGAGAUCUAUCAGAACAAGCAAAGAACAGAGUGUAAACGUUCAGACUGGGAAGGUUCUGUAACAUCCAGUCCAACGUCACCGCAGGUUUUGAUGUUGGACCCUGCAGCAAACCAGCGUCACUCAGAUCGUACCUCCGGCUUCACCUCGCCCUCUCACUUCAGCAGCCCCUCGUUCGGCACCCAGCCCCACCUCUACCCCCGAGUAGGGACCCCGGUGACCCCCGACAGCAUGGUGGAGGGCAGCCCAAACCCUGGAGACACAGACUGCAUCUCUGAUACCUCCAGUGUUUCCGCUGCAGGACCGUCUCCGUCUAAAGUGCACACAGUGUGGGGAAAACCCGUCCAGUCUACCUCCCAGGAUCAGACACGCACAUCCAGCCAGCAACGCAGAGCCAGUGCCCCCUUAGCCAGCGAGGAGGAGGGCAGCCACACCCACACCAGCACCCUGAAGCCAGGUUCAGCCUCUGGGUGCUCUCUGAGGCCUGCAACCAGUCCACACAUGGAUAGGGCUUCAUCAGUAGAAGAUCCUGUUGUCCUCUCUCUAGUGAGGCAGAACAUGAGGGAAAAGCACGCCAGACACGUGGCUGAUCUGAAAGCGUACUAUGAGUCUGAGAUCCAGAUCCUGCGAGACAAACUGAAGCUCACAGAUCUGCCCCAGGAUUUAGAGAAGAGCAAUCAGACCCUCACAAAGAGAUGUAAACAGCUGGAGAAAGCUCUGGCUGAGGCAAACAGUCGAAUUCAAGAACUGGAAGCAACAAACAGCCUGCUAGAGAAAAAACUGGCAGAGUGGCCGGAGCGGUACGCCGUGGCUGGUGCUACUGUAAAAUCCCUGCAGCAGCGACUGGAAGACAGCAAACGCUCGAGCAUAGAGAAAGACGCCCUGACAGCACGUCUGAAGAGCCAUGUGCGGCAGCUGGAGGAGGCGGUGCAGAAAGCAGGCAGGGAGGCUGAUGAGAAGGAGGCGAGGAGGGAGAGGGAGUACAAGAUGCUGCAAGAUCUGCUUGGAGAAUAUGACUCUUUGGCAAAGGAGCAUGAGGGAGUGAAGAAUACCCUGGUGUCAACAGAGACCAAGCUGGUUGAUGCAAAUGAUCAGAUAUCUGAGCUGAAGAGAGUGAUCUCUAAACUGGAGACUCAGGUGAAGCAGCUGGAGCACGAGAACAAUGCAAGGACAAGACUUACUUCCCACAGCAACACACAACCCUCUGGUGCUGGUCUUUUCCACCACCCUGACCUGCUGCUUUCACCCAGUAAAGGCAGGAUAGAGCCCGACGUCACCCACAGAAAAUCGCCCUGUCCUCCUUCUGAUCAGCUUAACAGCGGCAGGAAAUCUCCGUUCCUUCAAACAAACCAGUCGAUUGUCCACAAGAAGUCCCAGUAUCCAAUCAGCGAGCAAUCAUUAGGAAUAGGGAGUUCUGUGGAUGUCUGUUUGGGAGGUGACAGUGGCUGGAGGUGUGCUUCACCCCCUGAGUGUGAACAAUCCCUCCCUCAGCCCAGACUCCAGGAGCAGAGUGGCAGUAGAGAGACGGGACGAAGAGAGGCCUCCUGCUCCCUGACGCCCAUGAUGAGAGCCCUAAUCGAGCUGGAGGAGACUAGAGCCACCGAGAGCCGGGCCCCCUGGGUUGGCAAUCAGAGGACAACAGUUGGGUUUGUAGAGCGGAGGCACAAAGAGGUGAUACAGGAACGAGUCACGCUUCAGACCAACAAGGAGGCAAUCAAACCUGGAGGAGCUGCUACUCGAGCCGAGCGAGGAGGGUCAAAAAGUCUAAAUGGAACAGCAGCUCUGCUGAGAGCUCAGAGGAGUCUGUCUCCAGAGGGCCACAGAUCCUCCUCACUGCCUCCUCCUGCACAGAGACAGAUCCCCCCAACUACACCCACCAAAAGAGAAACUCUUCUCAUGCCUCUGUCUGCAAAAUCGAGUCCCAAACGCUGCCCCACAGAGAACUACUCCACUGCUUUUGGUCGCCUGAUGCCGAGAGAGGAACACAUCAAAAGGUUGGAUGGACAUGUUGACCAGAGACGUCAUUCAUUACACAGCAGCAGUCCCAGAAAGAGGCUCCAGUUCACAUCUGCAGACAGAGAAAAUGGCCUCCAGCAGCCUCCAGAGUCCUCGGGCAGCAUGAAUCCCCCAGAGGGAAACUCCCAGCUGGGCUGGGAGGAGCAGGCAGCCUGUGGUGGGUCUGAUCUGCAGGACCCCUGUGAGGACUCGGCCCCUCUGCUGCUGGACAGACUCCACUCGCUGGCUGAGGCUGAGAAACUGUUUGACGAGCUGACACAGGAGAAACUGCAGAUUGAGGCAGCUUUGAGCCGCAUGCCUGGAGCAGGAGGAAGAGUGAGUCUACAGACCAGAUUGGACGAGGUGGCCUUAGAGAAUCGUCUGGAGAGAGUGAAUCGUGAGUUGGGAUCGAUCCGCAUGACCCUGAAGAGAUUCCACGUCCUCCGCUCCUCUGCCAACAUAUAGCAAUGUCUGUCCUUUUACAUUGUAGAUGCUACGACUUAGUGUCUUGAUUUUUUACAGUGCACUGAUUGUCUUUCAGUCUCUUCCUGUGCCAUAAACUCAUCUGUACAGCAGCGUCUUUUUAUACCUAUUACUUAUUACUCUGGGAUAUUUUUUAUAUGUCUGAAAGAUAUUACAAUUUUUGAAGUCUAUUUUUAGUAAAACACAGAUUUGUAAAGUCGUUUACUUUUUUAGUCACAGAAGUAUAAAUAAGACAUGUUUUAAUCACCAUAUUCAGGUGUGGAUUUUUAAAAUGUUUCAGUGUAAAUUGAACUUUCCAGCAGGCACAUUUUUCCACUCGGAAAAUCUCACUGCCAUUUUUAGUUCAUGUGAUUUCAGAACAUUUGAAAUAUUUUUAUUUUUUCAUUUGACACCACUUGAAGUCUAUUUAUUUAAUGUUAUAUUCUUUUUCAGAGCAUUUUAUGUUUUUGUUUUUGUUCUAACUUCUUUGUGAUUUUUUCCUUUCCGGGCCAAAUGUAUGAGACACAAAGGAAGCCUUUACUUGAAUCAAAAUGCCUUUUUUUCUUCGUUUACUUUCCAUUUUUACUCGUCACUUUGCUUUUCAGCCGUUCUUCAUUCGAGCCACCUGUAAAAUCAAAACCAGCACACCUUCCAAGAACACACACCAACAUUUCCACACAAAUCCUCGGUGAGUGGAUUGAUGCUCGUGCAUGGGGUUUCUUGCACUGCUUCUAUUUGCCAUGCAGAUUUUCCUACCUGACAUGAAUUUCACUGGAACUAUAAUAUUGUUGUUGCACAAUAAAAAAUAAACUUUGU